AUGGCGGCACCGCAGAUUGUCGUCCGGAGCAGCCCAAAAUGGCAAUUUUUGAUGGCUUUGGGGCUUGACGGGCGCAACCGUAACCACCAAGCCCAGUAUUGGAUCAUGAAAAGUGAAGCGAUCCGAGUGUACGACGCCCAACUUAUGGGUAACCGUGGCGCCCUCAAGGCGCAGUACGCAAGGGAGCUUCCGCCCUUUUCAGCGAAUCAAUUCUCCGAAGAGGCAUUCAUCAACGCAGUGAACACCAUUGUGAAUAACGCAUGCUCCCAAACGCGAAGCCUAUACGACCAAGGAGCAGCCCAAGGGCAGCCGAAUUGGGUUGCACGAUGGGUUUUAUACCACGUCUGUCGCUACCGCGAUGGCCGUAACAAGAAGGCCGCACGAUCCCAAAACUUCCAUGACGAUGACGAUGAAAAUGAUGAUAUCGCGGCCCAGUUGCCGGCAGUGGGAAGGGCAGAGGGCACACUCCGGUUUACGAUCCAGCUAGAAAUACGUACAGAUGACAAGUAG